AGAGAUGCUAUCACUACUGGACCACACGGGGGCAGAUAACAUUUCCAUAAUAACUUCCUUCACUACUAAAACUCGAAGUUGAUUCGAUUAGGUUUCUCAGUACUAUCCAACAAGAGGAACAGGCUAUGCCCUUAUCACCAGCACUAAACUAUCCCACAGUCCCACUUUCCAAUGGUCUGCAGAUCCCAGUACUUGGAUUAGGCACAUCACAUGAUGGCGGAUACUCUCAUGAUUCCAUUAUGUAUGCACUCACUGAGUGUGGCAUGCGCCACAUUGACACAGCAAAGCGCUACGGCUGUGAGGAGAAACUGGGCAGAGCUAUCAGAGAAAGUGGGUUACCACGAAGUGAUCUGUGGCUCACCAAUAAACUGUGGCCAGGCGACUAUGGAUACAAAUCUGCAAAAAAUGCCUGCCUUGGCUCCUGCUCACAAAUGGGGGUGGAUUAUUUUGACCUUUAUCUCAUGCACUGGCCAGAGUCAUCACGACAUGGCUGCUCCAACAGGGAGAUGAGAGCUGAGACCUGGAGAGCUUUGGAGGAACUUUACAAAGAAGGGGUGUGCCGUGCUAUUGGAGUGAGCAACUUUCUGGUCCAUCACCUGGAACAGUUAAAGGAAGACUGUAGUGUGGUGCCACAUGUUAACCAGGUGGAGUACCAUCCAUUCCAGCAGCCCAGUCACUUGAUUGAGUAUUGUCGUCAGGAGGGGAUCGUAUUCGAAGGGUACAGUCCUCUGGCCAAGGGUCAAGUCCUCAGCAAUCACACUGUUCUCCAGAUAGCAGAAAAGUACAGACGCACACCUGCUCAGAUCUGCAUCCGCUGGAGUAGUCAGAAUGGAGUUGUCACAAUACCAAAAUCCACCAAAAAGGAGAGGAUAAAAGAAAACUGUCAAGUGUUCGAGUUCCAGCUGGAGGAGGCUGACAUGAAUACUUUGGGAAUGUUGCAUGAUGGAAGACACGUGUCUUGGGAUCCAACCAACGUAGAGUAAUAUAUCAGAAAAGAAAAGGGAUGUUUGUCCUGGAAUCAGUUGUCUGAAAAACUAAUUUUGAAAUUGUUGUCAGAUUUUAAUUUAAUAAGCUUUGUAUGUCACACUACCUGGAAGAAGAUUCUGCUAUGGUAUAAAACUCAUUCAUCUCAGCUAGAGCAGCUUGCACGACUUCUUCAGGUGCUGUAACCUCAUAGAAAUUAACUAAAUAUCUACUUUUUUUAUAAAGCAAUACAGAUAGGAUGUUACAGUCAUAGGUAAUAUAGGAAUGUCUUUAUGAUGAUUAUAGCAAAUAUAAUUUGGUCUAAUAAGUGAACAUUUGCCUUGGCAGAUAUACAGCUGAGGAUCUGGAUUUGUGUUGACAUGGGUCAUGAAUAAUCUUUCUGGAUUUCCCUCCCCUACAAUAGUUGCCCAACAAAAUCACAGUUAAAGCUGCAACAAUUUACCAGGGGAGGACUUUGAAUGAGACUGAAUGCUUUUAAGUGCAGGGCAUUUAAAGUAUUGGAUUUAAAAGGUUUGUGUGCAGUCACAUAUCCAUAAUGUCUUGCAUGUGUUUCUUUGGGUGGGACUAGAUGAUCAAGUAGGAUGGUUUGGUGAUGUUUUAAUUGUAUUUUUUCAGAAAAUCAAGUUUUUGUACCAUAAAAAAAUUACCCAAAUAUGACCCAUAUUCAUGAGAACCUUUUACCCGUGGCAGUUAUUUCUGUCAGGUAUAUACAGUAUUUACUGUGAACCAUGUAUCACCUGUCCUUAUCAUUACCAGUCAGCUACAUUCAUUUACAUCUGAUGUGUAUGUAUUAUCUAUAUAUUUUUAAAUAAAACACCACAAACACUCA